AUGCAAUCGGGAAAUGUUAUUAGAAUAGAAACAGCAGCAGUGAAAACCAAAGGCAAAGAACUUGAACUUUUAUUAUGUCAACCUUUCCAACCACCACAGGCAGUAACCAACAAAUUUGAAUUCAAUGUUUCCAAGCACAACCAAUUACAACAAGCAGACAUCCAACGAACGCUUUCCAACCACA